GUACGGACAGACUGGACGGAGGACUGCGCUUUGGGAAUGCGACACAUUCAAAUUGUGGUUUUACACACCACGCCGCAUACACUUCGGUUAAGUAGUCCGAAAUGUGGUCUUAUUCCCAAGACUGUGUAGUAAAAUUAAUUUGACCGUGAUAUUAAUUCAGUACGAAUAGAAAUGUCUCUGCAGCAAAGGGCGGUUCAACUGUCAGCCUCGUCGCUCGCUGUUAUUCUGAGUCGGGACGAAGACGCCAAAUGCAGCGCAAGCAGCUCUAGCGGGCAGGAUGUGUUUGCGGAUUUUAAAGCUCAGAAUUCGCGAAGCUUCUGGAAUAAGAGACUAGUUAAAGCGGUGGCUGAAGUGUACUUCCAGGGGUGGCUGAAGAGCUACGUGCUUCUCGUCCAGGGCAAUGCCAAUAACUUGGAAGUGCUCAGGGAAGCAUGGAUGCGUAGGGCGCUGAGGUCACCAAAAGGAUAUAUCAUCAAAGCAGUGGGUGAUCUGUCUCCAGUGCAGAUGUCACCAAUCUCCCAGUCUCAGUUCAUCCCACUGUCUGAAAUAUUGUGCUCUGUUAUAUCGGACAUGAAUGUUGCCCAUGUGGUAGUAAACCAGGAAGCAUUGAUCAACCACAUGAUGAAAGCACACCCAGGAAUGACCAUUCCCACUCAAGAUAUCUUGUACAAUGCUCUGGGAACUCUUAUUAAGGAGAGAAAGAUCUAUCACACUGGUGAGGGCUACUUUGUCGUCACUCCUCAAACAUACUUCAUCACCAACAACAUGGUGAAUGAGAGGAAUUGGUGGAGUACUGGUGACAAUGACCUGCCAUCACCUCCUCCCAUCACAUACUUGGUGAGCAACGAGAGUUGCAUGGAGACCUCCACUGAGGUGCCUGUUAUGGCCCACUGUAAAUCUUGCAGCUGCUUCACCCCUCUGUCCAAUUUACCUCCGCCUGUUCAGGACCAUGAAUCCAUCAGCAUUAGUGAGUGCACUGGUAAAAGUCUCAAGUGGCAGAGAGAACACAAGCCCUCUGUUCAGCACCAGUCCACCUCUACAGCAGCAGACUACCAGGCCAGUGAGAUCAGCAAAUCCACCACCACCAGCCGCAAGGACAAGGAGAAAGCUGGCCGCAAAUUUGGGCUUAACCUAUUUCGACGAAACACUGGAAAGAAGGAGAACCAGCUCAAGAAAGAAUAUGCCACAUUCUCUGGGCAGUUCCCACCUGAGGAAUGGCCGGUCAGGGAUGAGGACGACCUGAAUAACCUCCCUAGGGAUCUAGAACAUGCCAUCAUCAAACGGAUCAACCCAGAGCUGACCGUGGACAAUCUAGUAAGACACACGGUUCUAAUGAAGAAGCUUGAGGGGAAAGCUGAGAAAGGCACAGAGAAAGAUGUGGACAGGGGCAUUUCCACUGAAGCCCUUGUAUCUAAGCAGAGGCACAAUACCUCAAAGGUUGGGGGCAAGAAAUCUGUCCCUAGAGCUACUUGCAGCAAGAGAAGAGGCCCUUCAUCCAAAGAGAAACAACGGGCAAAGAGCAAGACUCUGCCUUGUGUUGAAAAUGUAGAGGCAGAUGAUCUCAUUCUGUCUCGCCUCAGACCAGAAUUAGGUUUGCAUGAACCUGACAACCAAGAAGAAAGUACCAUUCUGAAUUCAAAAUGUGUCUAUAAGAAACGAAUAGAGAACCCAUUUAUGGGUUUACCAGGAAGAGACAUGGAACCAAACAUCAUCCAUAAAGAACAAAGGAGGAGAGAAGCCAAGAAUCCUAUCACCAGACAUCGUGAAAGAACAGGUCAUAGGUCAAAGUCCUGGGAUCCUCACAGGGCCAAAGCAAUCACUGAUAGUGUGGAGAAAUCUCACAUGUUGAUGGACACACCCUGCGAACAUCUCCAUGAAAGAGCACUGACUGUGGACUCCACCCUGGAUGCUAAACCAAUUAAAGAGCUUUGUGGAGAUUACAGCUCUGUCUACCCUGAUAGCAGCACAUUGAGGAUAAAUGACAAAAUUAAGCUAAGAGAGAAUAAAGUCAGAAGCAAAGAGAUUAGAAAUGGCAGAGGAAAGGAAAUGAAACAUAAUGCUCUUCAGGAUGGAGAUUUAAGAAAUGUUUCUGACCAAAAGAACAUUGUAGAUCAUCUCACCCCUUCAUGUGACGCAACAGAAUUACCCCUCUCAUGGCCAAAACCUACAAUUCAGCGUAGACUUUCCCUUCAUAUAUUAAAGAGUAAAGAAGAAUCUCAUUACCAUCCUGAUUUGUUGUCCUCACACCAGCAAGCUGGCAACAUGACAAGCAGCCAGCAACUAUCAGAUGGUCAGACCUUACACAGAAACACAAGCCAGACUGAGAGCGAGGUGUACACUGAUGAUGAACAUGGCAUCUAUCAGAAGCUAGAGGAGGACGAGCAUGGCUGUAGCUCCCUGUGCCGGAAUGAAGAGUGUGUGCUUGACUGUGAGCUAUCACAAACUAGUACAGCUCGCUGCCGUGAGCCUGUCUGUCUGGAUGGAGACUGGGAUGGCAAUUUCGAAGAACAUGCAUUCACCAGUCAUCUCGAACCCACCAGAACCACACAAAGACAGCAUGAAUAUAGGUGGCAGUCUUCUGAUCGCCAGUCUUUGCCUCUACUUCAAAAAGGUGCCAGCCCCAGACAAGAAGCCCAGGGUCUGGGGAAAAGACUACAUAAAACCAGUCUUGGAGAUGUUGAACCUACUGAGGUCCUGGAAAGCAGCAUUUUUGACUACUGUCAGACAAGUGAAGUGGAGUCAGAUGCUGAGACCUUACAUAAGUCUGCAGAUGAAGCUGAUGGCAAAUCUAGUCACUGGAUAUGUCACCCUAAAUUAAUGGACUACCACCAGAACACAUUACAGACAUCAGAGGAUGCUGGCAACAUCCACAAUGCAAGUAUAAAGGACCAUGCAGGUGCCCGCACAGGAGAAACCGCAGAGAGUCAAAGUAACACAGCAGAUAGUGGGAUUGACUCUCCAAGGACACAUAUCAGUUUAAACUCCAGUAACUCAGCCAUCCUUAAAGGACUGAAGCAUCGUGGUUUCCUGCAGAACCUUGAAAAACUCCACUCCACGAGUAACGGCAUUCAUUCUCAGAGUUCUCUGCUCAAACUUACACCUGUCAUGAAUGUUUAAACAAAUAAAAAAUAGCUCUGCAUUUGGGCACAGUUAGAUCAUGUAAACAAAUUAUAUAAUUCCCUCAAACAAAUGUAAAUAUAUUUCCUCAAAAUUACUAAAAAUAAAUGUAGGUAGCUUUUUAUAUGCUUACAUUACAGUUUAAUUGAACUGAUUCUUUCUGUAAAAUCAUUUUGUACACUGGUCCUUGGCUGUUUAUAGAGAAAAUCUGAACAUUACAGGGGAGUAACUGUUUAAAUUGCUUCUCUACAUGAUCUUUUAGAUGUACAGUAUGUGCAGA